AUGAGUACUGCAUCCAAAUUGGAUAGAGACUCUGAUCCUUACAUAGUUGAUCAUUUCUUGUAUAGGAGUAUGAUUGGUAGCUUGUUGUAUUUGGCAGCAACUAGGCCAAAUAUUUCAUUUAGUGUAGGUGUGUGUGCUAGGUAUCAAGUUGAUCCUAGAAAACAACACAUUCUUGUAGUCAAGCGCAUUAUUCGUUUUGUGAAUAGUACAUUGAAUUAUGGAUUGUGUUAUUCUUCUGAGUCUAACUCUAAGAUUGCAGGCUAUAAUAAUGUUGAUUGGUUUGGUAACAAGAAUGAUAGAAAGAUUACUUCGGGUGGUUGUUUCUAUAUGUUUCUGGAUUAUGGAGUUGAUCAAGGAAUGAUGAUCGGAGAUGAGAGCUCAAAUCCAUUGGAGAAUGGCCAACAGUCGAAGCUCGAUGAGUUGAUGAGUGUAAUCGAAGCACUAAGAAGAGAGAAUGCAGAUUUGUGA